UUAGAAGAGUUAAUUGUGCUUGAACAUACAUGAAUGAUUUGCAUUGUCACUCAAACAAUUUGUUGCCCAAAAAGACCAAAAACCCAAACUCCCACCAUAAAAAUCCCUAAAAACACACCAAUUCAGGAAAAAAACCCCAAAUUGAAACCCUACAAACACCCACACUCAGGCUACCCGAAACUCCCACCAAAUUUGUUACCCGAAACUGCCACCCCUACCACUACUACUACUAUCAAACUAAUCAAUUCACCAAAAUCUCCAUACAUAGACACUCACAAGCGCCUAUACACACACUCAGGCGUUGCUGGCUCUUCUGAUUUGGCCGGUAACAAUGGCGGCGGAGAGUUCCCGAUCCAAUUCGGCGGCCGAUUCGUAUGUGGGCAGCUUGAUUAGCUUGACUUCCAAAAGUGAAAUUAGAUAUGAGGGCAUUCUCUAUAACAUCAACACUGAUGAGUCCAGUAUUGGGUUGCGAAAUGUAAGAUCAUUUGGAACAGAAGGGCGUAAAAAAGAUGGCCCACAAGUGAUGCCUAGUGAUAAAGUUUAUGAAUACAUUUUGUUUCGUGGGAGUGAUAUCAAGGAUUUACAGGUUAAAUCAUCUCCACCUGUUCAGCAACCUAUUCAAACUGUACCUCCCAUAAACGGCGACCCUGCAAUAAUUCAGUCUCACUAUCCGCACCAGUUGCCGACAUCUUCAAACUUGCCACCUGCUAGUACCAUGUCUUUAACAGAUCCUGGUUCGCACACACUCCAAACAGGACAGCCUGGCCCAAAUUACCAAGGUAAUCUGCCUCUAUACCAACCAGGAGGGAAUAUGCCCUGGGGAAAUUCACCCCCUCUUCCGAGUUCAACUGGUGGUGGACUUGCAAUGCCAAUGUAUUGGCCAGGAUAUUAUGCCCCACCAAACGGGCUUCCCCAAAUGCACCAACAAUCUUUGCUCCGACCACCACCUGGGCUUUCUGUGCCUCCUUCAAUGCAGCAGCCGAUGCAGUUCACUGGUUUCAACCCUUCUAUGCCAGCUGGAGGUUUAACCUUGCCAGAGUAUCCUUCGACUUUACUUCCUGCCAGCAAUAGUUUGCUAAAUUUGAACUCUGCAUCUUUACCUUCUGGCUUAUCUCCUUUUCCACCCUUGAAUUUAUCAUCCGAACCCCUACCCAGCUUUAUGCAAAAUAAGGUCCCUGGCGCUGCAAUUCCAUUAGGGUCAGUAAGUGACAGCUUGCCGUCAGCACCUCCAUUAACUUCUUUGAAAUUAGAUUCGAGUGCUGUUGCACCUCCGAUCUCUGACAAGCCUAUAGAAAGUCCAGAGUUGCCAUAUCAAACAAUUUCUCAGCCCAUGGCAUCUAUUGGAAUAUCUGCCAGUUCAGUUCAAACAGAAAAGCCGUCACUCGUAACCCCGGGACAAUUGUUGCACCACAGCGGAACUGGCGUCUCUUCAUCUCAGUUUUUGCAAACUGCUCAUAACCCAGUCCCUUCAUCUCAUUCGUCUCAAGUAGCUCAUAAAGAUGUUGAAGUGGUUCAACCAUCACCUCGAGCAUCCUUAGAGUUACCGGUUCCAGCUUCAAAUGAAGCUCAGCCACCGCUUUUGCCAUUACCGCAACCCCAUCGCACUACCCAAAAGCCUAAUGGAGCUACUUAUCAAAAUCGUCAGACCAACUACAGAGGGCGUGAAAGAGGAAGAGGAACGAGGGUUUCAAGGCCGGUGAUGAAAUUUAAUGAGGAAUUUGACUUCAUGGCGAUGAAUGAAAAAUUUAACAAGGAUGAAGUAUGGGGUCAUCUUGGUGAAAGCAGCAAAUCCAAUUUGACGGAAAAAGAAGGGGAUGGAAAUGCUGGGGAGGAAAGUCACUUUAAAGAUGAAGAUGAUACUGAAUUACCCAAGUCAGAUGUGAAGCCUGUUUAUAACAAGGACGAUUUUUUUGACACCCUCUCUUGCAAAGCUCUUGAUAAUCAAUCAAACAAUGGCCGUACUAGGUUCUCUGAACAGAUCAAGUUGGACACUGAGACAUUUGGAGAAUAUUCUUCAAGGUACCGUGGCUGGCGUGGUGGGCGGGGUCCCAAUCGAGGUGGCCGUUCGCGAGGAGGUUAUUAUGGAAGAAACGGCGGCAAUGCUGGGAGGGGACGUGGUCAGAAUAUGUCGAGUCAGUGAUAACUAAAAACAUGUCUAUUGAUUUCUAGAUUUCUAGAAUAGCGUUGAGCUCCUUUGGACUCCCAGCAUAAUCAUUUAGCCUUCAUGUACUUUUGCAGUUCUCUGUCCAUUUCAAAAAUAUCUUGUAUGAUAUUGUGAUAUCUCUGUUGGAAGUGACUGUUAUAAAGCUCCGCAGCAUAGUAGGUCUUAAGCAAUAGGACUAACCUUAAACCAGAAGGUCUUACAUCUUGAAUGUUCGAUGUAAAUUUCAAGUGUAUUGUUUAAACUCUGUGCCCGUGUUUCCUAUCUGCAUUUCUGCAUAUCAUGCUAAUAUAUUCCUCCUGGAAUGAUUCAAUUUGUUCCA